UCAGCGUGUGUUAUGCACGGUAGUACUUUUCAUGUUGUCUCGCUACUCUAACAUUCAGUGGCUGUGUUCUUAGAAUUAUUGUGUGUGUUACUUUCUCGGAGAAACGAACGGACGGUCGGUCGGACGGUCGGUCGGUCAUACUACUGAGAGAUCUAUUUCACGCCUGGUCGAGAGAAAUCAACAAUGUCCUGGGUGUUGAUUGUGUGUGUCGUCAUCGGGCUGGUCUGCGUCUACGAUGUGAAGAGCGCGUGUCAAACCCAUGAGUUCGAACUGGACAACAACGUCUGCUGUACUCAGUGCGAGCCGGGAUACGGAGCCGUACGCCAGUGUUCCUCCGCCGAGAACGACACCACAUGCGAGCCGUGCGUGAACAGCGAAACGUUCUCGCCGUCUCUGAGCCACCACGAGCCGUGUUUCACUUGCUCGCUGUGCGGGAGAGGCGCGCACGUGACGGGCGCGUGCAACGUGACGCACGACACCCAAUGCGAGUGUGAUUCGCUGUCGGAUUCUUACAUCACGCGCGAUUCGCUGGAUUGUAACCUCUGUGACCUUUGCCCCGCGGGCUGGGGCGCGUAUGAGGCGUGCACGCCCGAGAGAAACACGCGCUGCAGACAGUGCCUGAACGGAACCUUCUCGAACGUUCUGAGCGCCACGGACGGCUGUUUUGACUGUUCCGUCUGCUCGUCCGAACAAAAGAUGCUGCAGACGUGCACGGCCACGCAGGACACGAUCUGCAUCAAUCUCGAUCUAGCCAUAUACAAGCACAAAGGCAGAGACAGCACGCAACGCUACGCCAAGAAGACACCGGUGAGGAAACAGCCUGCCUCGGACGAUGACGACAUCGACAUCAUCCCGCUGUACUGCGCCAUCUUGGGCGCCGUGGUGAUUGGCCUCCUGGGAUACGUGGUGCUCGUGCACUACCGGCGGAUGAAGGAGAAGCGGCUGGUGCGCGAGCCCCACGAGGAUGUUGAGUACUCGAAGGCGUCUGGCGGAGACAGCGGGAUUUACGUCGAGGUGGAGCACCACUCGAAACUCUCACCCAUCGGAAUAAUCACAUGUUCCACGAAAAUUCGAGAUUUACCCCAGUCCACAAAGCGAGAUCUGGAGAAAUGUUUUCUACAAAGCAAGGAUCCGUCGGAGUGGAAACUAUUAGCUAAACAACUAGGUUAUAACAACAGACGAAUAGCUCAGCUAGAGGUACAGGCCCAGAGAGACAUAGGCGCCCCCAUGCGGCAGGUCAUCAAGGAAUGGGGUUCCGGGGACAAAGCCACAGUCGGCAUUUUAAUACAAGCUUUAAAAAACAUUGGACGGCAGGACAUUUUGAGGAAUUUACAUAUUACCAAUCCAAAUGAACUCCAACCUCUGAAUCCUCUUAUGCAGCAGCAUGUUUUGUAGCAGAACUAAUAUUAUUUAAUAACACACAAAGAAAAACCACAAAGAAAAAAACAUACUGUUAAGGUAACAGUUUUCCUAACUGAUGGACUGUUUUGUCGCAUUUUUUCUCGACGAAGUUUAUUGUGACGUGUUUCAGUCUGCGUUUGUGACGUCAACAUCCUAUUGCGAUGACGUGUUUGGAGUUUUUUUUUUUUUUAAUGUAUUACGGUGUACAGGAAAGUAAAGAUGGAAUGUAGUGGAAUACGUGACAUAUUAUCGCUCAUUAACGGUUUAUCUUUAACUGAAUCUGGUGAUCUUCGUUUGUAUUAAAUUGACUGGAGUGCUUUGUGGUGUUACGAAACUAAUGCUAAACUGGGGUUUUGCGCUCAAGGUUACGUGAAUAUGAUUGGACGCCUUAACGUUACGUGAAUAUGAUUGGACGCCUUAACGUUACGUGAAUAUGAUUGGACGCCUUAACGUUACGUGAAUAUGAUUGGACACCUGCUAAAACGAAUGAAAUGAACGCAGUUCAGUACUGAACAGAAUUCUACAAUACUGACUGGAGUUGUCCUUUACUGACAAGAGUUAUCCAUCACUGAAUUCAUCAAUACUGACUGGAGUUAUCCUUUACUGACAAGAGUUAUCCAUCACUGAAUUCAUCAAUACUGACUGGAGUUAUCCUUUACUGACAAGAGUUAUCCAUCACUGAAUUCAUCAAUACUCACUGGAGUUAUCCUUUACUGACAAGAGUUAUCCAUCACUGAACAUAGUCAUCCAUCAUGGAAUUAUGGAGGGUUAUAAAUGGCACCAAUUGUGGGUGAUGGAUGUCUGGAGUGUGCCAGGGACAGCGUGCUGCUUGGGCCUUAAUGGGAUAUAAAUUAUUUUUAAAAAUGUGAGGAUAGGAUAGGAUAACAUAUUAACGUGACUAUAUCCAAUUAAGGUUCAAGCACGUCUCUCCCGGGCACAAUCUCUGACUUCGCCAGUGACUGGGUCCGGGACGGAAGGGAAAAAUGUGAAAAGAUGCUCGUUACGAUAGUAAAAGUUGUUUCCCCUUGUUCAGUUGUUUUAAUUAUUUGCGUUUCUGUUAAAUACAUUUCCAGUCUGGUUAAUUUUCAAAGAUUGUAUCAGAUCGACAGUACAAAUACAAUACACAAACAAGUACAGAAGAAGGACAGUUGCAUGGUUUCAUCAAACUUGGCUUAAAGGAUUUAAAGAUUUGCACUGUGAUGUAUUGUAAUGUAGACUUCAAGGAAAAAGAUUGUUGCAGUAAAAGAUUGGACAAAUUCAUGGCGUCAUUAUGACGUUAUCUUAGCGUCAUCGCGAUGGCACUAUGCCCAAAAAUGUCUGACGUCAUCUGUUAUAAAAUGAUGGUGGACAUUCAACAGUCUAUACAGUGAGUGAUAUUAGGACGAAAUGACAUUGUCGUAAAUUACAGCGGAUGUUGUUUAUUGUUCUUGCAUCAUCAAUGGUCGAGUUCUGAAAUCUGUGACGUCACCAAGUUGGAGUUUCGCCAGACAACAGCAGGAAAAACUUUUGCUAGACUGCUUUAUAUGCCCUCACGUUAAACCAAAAGACCAUUACAAAUAGAAAAACCAGUGAAAUCGUUAGCGAAUGUUAGCAAUAAUCGCUAUCGCUGAACGAAGACCUGUUAUAACAUCGCAAAACUUUUUUUGCAGCAAGUAUUGUGUAACAAGUGUGAUAUAAGAAAACAACAUUGUCGUAAA